UGCUCCUCUCGCUAUCGAAGCUCGAAAGUGUGGAUAUGACCAGAUUCGGCUCUGCAUCGCGAUGGGCUUUCGGCCCAGAAUCCAUUCCAUAUGCUCUACCCAUCCAGCAUGUUUGAGUCUGGACUUCCCAAGGCGUCGAUCGUGCCGGUCUAUAUCGACAACCAUAGCACAGGGUCGACAGGGACGAGCAAAGCGCAUCAAGGCUCGCCAGUAGACUCGGAUGAAAUCUGGAAUCGCACAAGCCACAACGAGCCGUUUCCGACUCGCUUGGAGAUCCCAUCAUUGCCGAUCCAGCCAACCGAUAUCUUUCACAACUUUGAUAUUGGACGCCAGAAGAAACGACAGAAGCCCAACACGGAUCGGAUAUCUAGUCCCAGUCCCGACAGUGGAUACACAACUGACUCGACCGCGGAAGCACCCAAUCUCUGGCAGAGGAUCGUGCAGGAUUCGGAAUACCACCAGAGGGCGCUCUUCUCCUGGGAGAGCCUCGAUCCAAGGUGCCGCCAGCCCGACAGCAUACCCGAAAACGACGCCGAUGCAAUCCGUCGGCAUUCACCCAAGCCUCCGUUCCUGACUGAGGCGGGCAAUGCCGUCUUUGACGCAGUGUACCAAAGCUGGCUGGACCAUGACUGGAGCUAUCGGGAACACUCUCUCGUUGUCUCCGAGGAGACUUUGGUGGAGGCACUCCUGAACGCUGCUGUCGGGAUUCCUUCGCUGUUUUUCCAGUACAACAUUCGAACAUCGGCAUUCGAGGCUGUCAAUAAGGAGCGCAAAAUUCGAGUGGAGGGAUGCGGCUCAAAAAGUCUGGAGCGUCUCAUCGAUGGCUUUAUGACUAUUGGAACGCAUUACUGCCGUCUGGAAUAUGUCUGUGAAGUCUUGGUCAACAAUACCGGAAAUCAUGGCAUCACGGGCGUGUCCUUUGGUACGGCUUUGAAAAGCUAUCUGCUGUUCCUGCACCAAUUUGCGCGCGACCUGUACGAGCCACAUGCGUUGCCGGGCACCAGCGGGCCCCCUACAAAGCCACGCCUGCUAGAGAUCCAGCAGCGACUUCGAAUAGUCGGACACGUCCUUGAGAUGCUGUGUCGGAUGUGCGAAUGCUCAAUCUGGGACGCUCGACAUAGUCUGGGAUUCCACUUGCCGCGCGGGAGUGGGCUUCUGUCAGUCCUCUACAACGCCGUCAGCGAGCUUGAGAUGAUGAUGCCUUUCGGCCCCAAGCUGGCUGGCGAUAACGUACCGCGCAUGGUUGUGCGCGCGUUGUUCCUCACUCUGCUGGAACGCUCGAGCCAGCCGUAUUUCUCGUGGCUCCAGAAGUGGCUCCACAACCUGGAUCCGAUAACGCUCACGGACCCCUUUGGCGAGUUUUACAUCAGAUUUAUCAACCCCGAGGAGCACGAGCCCGACGCAGCCUUCACCGACGGCGGACGAAUGUUUUGGACAUACGAAUACCAAAUAAAUCCCGAUCACGAGCCUAUAUCCUUCCUGGACGAUGAUUUGAAGCAGCUGGUUUAUGAAGCUGGAAAGAGCAGCCUGAUUCUCAGGCGGCACUGUCCUGGACAUCCCCUGUUUUCUGUGUACGAGCAGUGCGCAACAUCAGGUGGAUCAAUUCGUCCAAGCCGUCGAAUCCGAGAUCGCGAUCUGGGAGAGCAAGGCGAUAAGGGAACUUGAGCUCAUCGAUCGUGAAGACUCUGCGCGACGUGAGCGCCUGAAGGAUCAGGCACGGCGUCGUCUUCAAGCCCAAGCCGAUCGUCAAAGUGCGGAAUCCGCUGAGCUCC